AUGAACAGCACGGGACUGUCGAUUCCGGCGGUGGAGCCGUUUCGGCAGGGCGACGACUUCGGCCGAUGGUUGCGCGGUGUCGAGCGUUACCUGUGUGCGGUCGGGAUCCAGGAGGCCGACCGGAAGUGUGCGGUGCUGUUGCACCUAGUCGGGCCGGACGUUGCCGACCUCAGCGAGACGCUGCCGGAGGAGACGAGCGAGACGGCCAACAGCUUCGAGCGGCUCACGGGGAAGCUGACGGCCUACCUGUCUCCGGUCAGGAACGCGGUGGCAGAGCGCUCUCUGUUCCACGGGAUGCAGAUGGAGCCUGAAGAAGACCUGGAGAGGUUCCUGGGUCGCCUGCGAGCGCAGGUCGUGCGCUGCGGCUAUGCAGCCACUGAAGUGGACCGGGAACUGCGCGAUCGGUGCGUGCUGGGGAGCCGAGCCGAUCUGCGGGCCAAGCUGGUAAAGCUGGCCGCCUCGAAGGGCGACGGUUUGACCCUGGCCGAGGUACGGCAGACGGCACGCGCGCACCGCGAUAUGGAGCAGCUCGGUGCUCAGCUGGGCGGCACGCGGUUGGCCGAGGCACCGGCAGCAGACGCCGAGGGAGCCGUCAAUGCCCGGCGGGUGCGGCUGGUGGCUGCGGAGGAGGAACAGACGGACGGCGACGGCGACGCGUGGCUGGUGAGCUCAGUCGGCGGCGACGCGUGGCUGGUGAACUCAGUCGAAGCCAGCGCCGCGAAGCCGGAAAUGAAGACGGUGACGGUGAACGGCCAGCAGCUGACCAUGGUCGUGGACACGGGGAGCCCGGUGUCGCUGGUGAGCGUGGAGACAGCGCGGCAGCGGGGGCUUCUGCAGCAGCUGGACCCGUGUGACCUGCGCCUGACCUCGUUCACAGGUCAGGCCAUUCCCUUGAGAGGGGAGGCGCUGGUAAGCGUCACGGCGUCAGGAAGACCCGCGACCCGUCUGCGGCUGGUGGUGACCGGGUUUGGACCCCACCGCCCGCUGAUGGGACGCGAGUGGCUGCAAGCGCUUGGUCUGAUGACGUCACCGGCUCGGGUAUGCCGCGUGCAGCCGGCGCGGACGCUCGAAGGCGUGCUGGAGAGGCACUCGGCGGUCUUCAACGAGGAGCUGGGACGCAUCCCGAUCAAGGUGGGACUGCGGCUGAAGUCGGACGCCAAGCCGGUGUACCGACGGGCGCGUCCGGUGCCGUUCGCCCUGCAGGAGGCGGUGGACCGCGAACUGGACCGUUGGGAGGAGCAAGGGAUCGCCGAGAAGGUGCCUCCUGGACACUUCUCCGGAUGGGGUACGCCGCUCGUACCCAUCCCCAAGAAGGACGGCGUGCGGCUGUGCGCGGACUAUCGGAUCACGGUGAACCCGCAGCUGCAGCCUCUGAAGUAUCCGAUGCGCACACCGGAGGAGUUAUUCGCCAGCAUCCGAGGGAAAAAGUUCUGCAAGCUGGACUGCAGGAACGCCUAUCUCCAGUGCGAGCUGGACGAAGAGAGCCGAGAGAUGACCACCGUGACCACACACCGUGGUGCGAUGCGGAUGAACCGUCUCCCGUACGGGAUCAGCACCUGUGGAGCGCAGUUCCAGGCGAUCAUGGACCAGGUGCUGGAUGGUCUUCCAGGAGUCGUCUGUUACCUGGACGACGUGCUGAUCGGCGCCGACAGCGACCGUGAGCUGAUGGACAGGCUGGACCGGGUGCUGGAGCGGCUGAAGGACAACGGCGUCCGCCUCAAGAAAGAAAAGUGCCAGUUCGGAGUCCGAGAAGUGGUGUAUCUCGGUUGGCGACUGUCUGAGGCGGGUCUGCGCCCAGUGCAAGAGAAGAUGGCGGCCGUCACAGCAGCACCUGACCCUCGGAACGUGCAGGAGCUGCGAUCUCUGAUCGGGUCAGUCAGUUAUUAUCAGCGGCUGCUGCCCAACCUGUCUACCGUGCUAGCGCCGCUCUACGCGCUACUGAAGACGGGCGUCAAAUGGGCAUGGACGGCGGAGUGCGCCGCGGCAGUGCGCCGUGUGAAGGACAUGCUGUCCACGGCGCCGGUCCUGAUGCGGUACGACCCCGUGCUGCCGCUGCGGCUCGUCACGGACGCCAGUGCGACAGGAGUCGGAGCGGCUCUGAUGCAAGUGACGCCCGAGGGGCUCGAGAGGCCGGUACAGUACGCCUCCCGAACGCUCACUCCGACGGAGAGGAAGUACGCCCAGGUGGAGAGGGAAGCCGCAGCCGUCUCGUUCGGAGUGCGGCGGUUCCACCAGUUCCUGUUUGGUCGGCCGUUCACCCUGGUGGUCGACAACAGGACGCUCUCCAGGAUCCUGAACCCGGACCGUGAGCUGCCCUCUCUGGCGGCGGCUCGCAUGCAACGGUAUGCGCUGCAGCUCGCGGCGUACCAGUACAAGAUCGAGCUGCGCCGGACGGAGGACAUGAGGCUGGCGGACACGAUGUCCCGUCUGUCGGUGCCGGACGAGGCGGAGAACCAGCUGUCGGCAGAAGAGGAGGCGGCGUACGGCGGAGGCGGCGUAAUGUUCAUCGCCGAACAGGGGCCGUGUUUGACCGCGCAGCAUAUAGCAGUGGCCACGCGCCGAGACCCGGUGCUCGCCCGCGCUCUGGCGGCGGUGCGAUCGGGCUGGCCGGCGGUGGUGGACCCGGACCUGGCUCCCUUCAAGAAUCGCCGAGAGGAGCUGACGACCGAGGCCGACUGUCUGCUCUGGGGCGGCCGAGUCGUCAUCCCGAGCAACCUGCGCGACACCGUCAAGCGGGAGCUGCAUGAGGGUCACUUCGGCUGCACUCGCAUGAAGCAGCUGGCGUGCGUCUCAAAGCGAGCUGAGCCGCCGCAGGCGACACGGCACCCGUGGGAGCCGACGGACGGCCCGUGGCAGCGGGUGCACGCCGACUUUGCUGGGCCGAUGCUGGGCCAUUCCUUUUUGAUAAUGGUCGACAGCUACACAAAAUGGAUCGAAGCUGUGCCGAUGAAGACGACGACGGCGGCCCGGACGGUGGCCGUGAUGCGCGAUAUUUUCGCCCGUCUGGGACUGCCAGUGCAACUGGUGACCGACAACGGCCCGCAGUUCGCCAGUCAGGAGUUCGCGGCGUUUGUGCGGUCAAACGGCAUUCGUCACACUCGUGUCGCGCCGCACCACCCCUCGUCAAACGGACUGGCGGAGAGAGCAGUCGGCACCGUCAAGAACGCGCUCCGAGUCUGCGCGGCGGCCGGUGGGGGAGUGGACCUCUCUCUGUCACGCGCGCUCCUGGCGUACAGAGUGACGCCCCACGCCGCGACUGGACGGACUCCCGCCGAGAUGCUGUUCGGUCGGAACCUACGAACUCGGAUGAACCUCAUGGUUCCGAGCGCCGAGACAGCUCUGCAGGCGGCUCGGGACCGGCAGCGUGAGACGGCCGGCGGACGGAGCAGGGAAUUCGCCGUGGGAGCUACAGUGUGGGCCCGCUCGUAUGACGGUCGUCAGAAGUGGGUCCGCGGCACGGUGGUCGCCCGCCCUGGUCCCGUGUCGUAUGAAGUGGAUCAGUGA